ACAUCAUACAUGGCGGCGUCGACGACAGCAUCCCAGGAAGAGCUCAAGGCGCACAGGGUCCCCUUGGCUUGGAGAGACCAAUGUUCUUCCUUGCUUAUCCCUCUGAACCUCUGCCGAAAGCAGAAACUCUACAAGCCCUGGGAAUGCGAACAUGAGCGACAUACAUACGACAAGUGCCAGUAUGAUGACUAUGUACGGCGGAUGAAGGAGUUGUCGAAGCUGAAGCUUGCGGCUGCAGAGGAAGAAUAGAUGCCACCAUAGCUGGAAUAGAUCUUUUUUUUAUAUUCGCAUCAAGAACAAAGUGGUUUACAAAAGCCUAUUAACUGUGAAGGGGCCCCUUCAAGAUGUAUCCCUGUGCCGCGCUUAAUAGCUCAGUCCAUGAGUGCAAAACUCAGCUAGUCCCCAUUCC